GCAGAAAAGGAGGGGGUUCCCAUCCCAUGGCAAGGCUGCCGCUGGAGCUCUGUCCUCAGACACACGCAGUCGUGGUCCUGCCUGCUUGUCCCAGCUCUGACGUGAGCCCCUUGGGCAGGUUGGCAGCGAGCUUGGAAGGAAGCCCCGUGCGCAGUUGUGAGUGACAUGGCUGAGCAGCUGUCCAAAGAGCAGGUGGCCGAGUUCAAGAAGGUCUUCGAUAGCUUCGACAAGGACGGGAGCGGCACCAUCAGCAUCGAGGAGCUGGGUGCUGUGAUGCGGGAGCUGGGGCAGAAGAUGUCGGAGGCCAAGCUGAGGAUGAUCUUUGAUCAGGUGGACACGGACAGCGACGGCAUCAUCAGCUUCCAGGAGUUCCUGGCAGUGAUGGCCAAGGGGACGCAGGCCUGGGUCAGAGAGGAUGAGCUCCGGGAAGCCUUCCGCGCCUUCGACCUGGACGGCGAUGGCCACAUCAGCGUGGAUGAGCUGAAGCAGGCCAUGGGCCAGCUGGGGGAGAAGACGUCUCAGGAGGAGCUAGAAGUCAUGAUCCAGGAGGCCGACGUGGACCAGGACGGGCGGGUGAACUACCAGGAAUUCGUGCACAUCUUCACCCAGAAGUGAGGCCCCCCCACCCCGCCUCCCCCUCUGCCUGACUCUGGUCCUGCUGCCUGGUCGGGCCCUGCUUCCGUGGUGGUGGGUGGGAGGUGCCUCCCCGUGGAGACGCCUGGCCUCUUCCGGGCCUGGGGUCGGCCCGGUGAGACCUCGCGUGCUUGUGAGAUGGGGUGCUCCCUACGUCUCAGGGGUGCUGUGAGGAGCCCCAGAGUGAUGUGGUGGUUGGAAUAAAAGGGAUGUGAGCUCUGA